AUCAUUGCCCCGGAUGUGGUUCAAAAUUUCAAACUGAAGAUCAGAAAAGACCAGGUUAUUUGGUCGUUCCAUCAGCAACUCCUAAACAACCUACAAUUAAAACCGGUUCAAACAACUUAAAUAAUGAAGAUAUUGAGAAGAUUAUCAGAUUAAUGCCAGAUGAUAUAAAAAAGAAGCUCUAUCCAGUAGGAGAAAUUGCAGAUACAAGUUCAUUGGAAUCGAUAAAGGAACGAAGAAGAAUAGAUGGUGAAAAGCAAAAAGACGAAAGGAUAUUUUGUCAUCGUUGUUAUAAUUUACUUUACUAUAAUCGAGUGACAACUGAUAUGUGGCAAGAAUCAUUGACUACCGAUAAAUCAAUAUUGUCAUUUUUGAAAAAGAAGGAGGAUGCCAUAAUCGUCACAGUAGUAGAUAUUUUUGAUUUUCCAGGAUCGCUUUUAGAAGACCUUGAUAGUCUAAUUGGUACGGAUAAACAAAAUAUUUUAGUUGCAAACAAGAUGGACCUCCUUCCUAAUGACGUAAACGAAAUGCGAAUUAAACGAUGGCUGUAUGAAAAAUGCAAAAAAUUUGGUCUUACUAAUAUCAGUGACAUAUUUCUAAUAAGCGCAAAAAAAAAUUGGAAAGUUCAAGAACUAGCACAAACGAUGUCCACAAUUCGAAGUGGAUUCGACGACAUUUAUCUUAUUGGAAAAACGAAUGUUGGAAAAUCUGAAUUAAUCAAUAGUUUUUUAAGAUGCAUGGUAGUUGACGGGUGGCGACAUAAAGUAACAUCAUCACCAAUACCAGGUACAACUAUGGGAAUGUUAGGAUUACCGUUGACAUUAUUCAAAGAAACUUUUGGUAUUAAUCCGAAAGGAUUUCAUUUUCCUCAAACGGACAAACAUUUAUUUGAUACGCCAGGGAUCAUAAAUAAGAAUCAAUUGAUUAAUCUUUUGACUGAGGAAGAAUUGAAAAUUACCAUUCCUCAAAAAUAUAUUAAACCGUUAACGUUCGCUUUGACACCAGAUUAUGUUGAUGGGCAAAAACCGAUUCGUAUUACCGUAUUUAGUAGAUUAAAACCUCAUCUCACAACUAUAAAACGAGCAGACGAAAUAUGUCAAUCUAUGGCCGUAGGUGAUCAAACAUUUUUACAACCACCAAUAUUUUCAUCAAAGAGAAAGGAAUUAUUCCCAGCAAUGAUUAAACGCAUAAAAAAAUAUGCGAUGAAAGGUACACCAGGAACAAUGAGUGUUAAAGAUGUGGUAUUUUCGGGAGUUGGAUGGAUUUCAUUUGGUGGCAUGUUUGAUAAGGCUGUUAUUGACAUUUGGUCGCCAAAUGGAAUGGGAAUUUAUAUUAGAGAUAAACCUUUAUUACCUUUUGAAUUCAGAGGUAAAUAUGAAA